AUGCUCUGUUCGAGGCCUCUUUUGUUGUCCCUCGUAAUAGUUUUCCUCGUUUUUUCCUCGUUGCCCUUUUCGUUCUCGUUCGAGGAAGAGAACCCGUUUGCCAGUUUCCAAUCUUCAGAGAAAAAUGGGGUGGUGUUAUCUUUUGCCAGAAGAGGAAGGUCGCUUGUUGAUGGUAAUUCAAGUGUAGAAGAAGUGAAUUCGACUCUGGUUUUGGCCGCGAGGAGAACCAACAGGAGAGAUCCUCUGAAUGAUUUUCAUAGGUAUAGGGGCGGUUGGAACAUAAGCAACCGCCAUUACUGGGCUUCUGUGGGUUACACGGCUGUGCCCUUCUUUGUGGUGGCCGGAGUCUGGUUCUUCAUCUUUGGGAUUUGCCUGACUGUAAUAUGCUGCUGCUUUUGCUUUUGUCGAAAGGAGCCUUAUGGCUAUUCAAGAAUUGCCUAUGCUCUCUCUCUCAUUUUCCUCACACUCUUUACUAUUGCAGCAAUUGUUGGAUGUGUAGUCUUGUAUACUGGACAGGGGAAAUUUCACAAUAGUACAAUAAGCACGUUGGAUUAUGUUGUCCAACAAGCAAACACAACGGCCGAGAGCUUAAGGAAUGUGUCGGGGUACCUUGCAGCAGCGAAGCAGAUUAAUGUGGAUCAAGUGUUUCUGCCUCCUAAUGUCCAAACGGACAUCGAUCAAAUCCAAAACAGGAUAAAUUCCUCAGCUAGCUUGCUUUCCAGUAGAACGGAAGAUAAUUCUGAAAAGAUCAAGAAUCUAAUCGAAUCUGUGAGAUUGGCUCUUAUCAUACUCUCUGCCGUCAUGCUUCUUUUGACGUUUCUUGGAUUUGCAUUUUCAAUCUUCGGGCUGCAGUUUUUUGUGUACAUUUUGGUGAUUACUGGAUGGCUUCUCGUGACAGGAACUUUCAUUCUGUGUGGCGUUUUUCUUCUUCUCCACAAUGUGAGUGGAGAUACGUGUGUGGCAAUGAACCAGUGGGUGCAGAACCCAACUGCUCAUACGGCUCUAGAUGAUAUUCUGCCGUGCGUGGAUAACGCGACUGCCCAAGAGACCUUGACAAAGAGCAAGGAAGUCACGUCCCAAUUAGUCGGGUUGAUGAAUAUGGUCGUCACAAAUAUCUCCAACAACAAUUUCCCCCCCAACAUCGGCCCGUUUUACUACAAUCAAUCGGGCCCUCGCAUGCCAAACCUUUGCAAUCCAUUCAAUCCCGACCUUACUGAUCGCGCUUGUGUACCAGGCGAAGUCAACUUGGACAAUGCAACUCAGGUUUGGAGUGGUUACGUGUGUCAAACAUCGGGAAGCGGGAUUUGUGUGACGAGCGGCCGCCUGACUCCGGCAAUGUUCGCCCAGAUGUCGGCGGCCGUGAACGUGAGCUACGGGCUGUACAGGUACGGCCCAUUUCUGGUGGGCCUCGAAGACUGCAGUUUCGUGAGGCAGACGUUCACGACCAUAAACGAGUCCCACUGCCCGGGCCUGAGGAAAUACAGCCAGUGGAUCUACAUUGGGCUUGUGAUGGUUGCUACUGCAGUUAUGCUGUCGCUCGUGUUCUGGGUGAUCUAUGGGAGAGAGAGGCGGCACCGUGUGUAUACGAAAGCCCACAUGCCGGGAGGCGAUCGAGGUUUGGAUGGGGAUAAGAAUUAG